GCCCGAGGCUGCUAGGGAGAGGGUGCAGGUUCGCUGGGCCCAUCUGGCGGAGCCGAGCAAGGGAAAUGGUCCCCGCCCCGCCGCUCGCCAGUUGAGGAGGAGCCGCCCUGGCCGGGUGGCAUUCCAGCCGCGGCGCGGGGCGCGGGCCAGAAGGGGCGUAUCGUCCUCCCGUGCUGCUGCUGAAUGUCGACUCCGGAGGAUGAGGAGAGGCUCUCGCCGCUCGCCCAGAGAUGGCCCCGCGCGAGCAAGUUCCUCCUGUCGGGCUGCGCGGCCACCGUGGCCGAGCUAGCAACCUUUCCCCUCGAUCUCACAAAAACUCGACUCCAAAUACAAGGAGAAGCUGCCCUUGCUCGGUUGGGAGACGGUGCAAGAGAGUCUGCUCCCUAUAGGGGCAUGGUGCACACGGCCCUGGGGAUUGUCCAAGAGGAAGGCUUUCUAAAGCUCUGGCAAGGAGUGACACCUGCCAUUUACAGACACAUAGUGUACUCUGGAGGUCGAAUGGUCACUUACGAACAUCUCCGUGAAGUUGUGUUUGGCAAAAGUGAAGAUAAGCAUUAUCCCCUUUGGAAAUCAGUGAUUGGAGGGAUGAUGGCCGGUGUUGUUGGCCAAUUUUUAGCCAACCCAACUGACCUAGUGAAGGUUCAGAUGCAAAUGGAAGGAAAAAGGAAACUUGAAGGAAAACCAUUGCGAUUUCGUGGUGUGCAUCAUGCAUUUGCAAAAAUCUUAGCUGAAGGAGGAAUACGUGGGCUUUGGGCAGGCUGGGUACCCAAUAUACAAAGAGCAGCGCUGGUGAAUAUGGGAGAUUUAACCACUUACGAUACAGUGAAACACUACUUGGUUUUGAAUACACCACUGGAGGACAAUAUCAUGACUCAUGGCUUAUCAAGUUUUUGUUCUGGACUGGUAGCUUCUAUUCUGGGAACACCCGCUGAUGUCAUCAAAAGCCGAAUAAUGAAUCAACCGCGAGAUAAACAAGGAAGGGGCCUUCUGUAUAAAUCAUCAACUGACUGCUUGAUUCAGGCUGUUCAAGGAGAAGGAUUCAUGAGUCUCUAUAAAGGCUUUUUACCCUCUUGGCUGCGAAUGCAAUCUGAUUGGAUCACACAAGGCCACCCAAUGAGACCCAGCACAGCAUUUUCUAAGGAAGAGUCAAAUCCUGACCAGUUACCUUGAGCAAGAAGAUUCGACCUUCGAGAUGCUAUUCUAUGCUGAAGAGCUUGCUUAGAGGAGGAAAUGCCAGAAGGGAGACAGCAUCUUAGACCUGAAGCAGACAAUAGGAAUGUGGAAAAAUACAUACGUACAUAGUGACCACGGAACAUAUUUAACCUGUCGUGUCAGUACUUACGACUGAAAUUUGAUAAUUCACUUUUCUGUUGCCGAUAAAGUGUGCAUACUUUAAAUUAAAGGGAGGUGAAAGAAUAAACAUUUUGAGAUUUCCCUAGUGUUGAAGGAAGUUGAUGUACCUUUUCUUGCCAGGAGGAUGAAAAAAAAAUCAAGUUGAGAUGAUGUUUGGAUCUCAAGGGAAGAAGCCGUUUUCCGUCAGUGCCCUGUCGUUAGUUGAUCUGUGUUCACUGGUUAGCUCUCCAGCACACAGGCUAACCUGACAGCCACCGACUGAACCUUGAUGAAAACAGAAAAGAGUGUUUGCUUUGUGACAUAUCCCAUUCCAGCUUGAAUUUGUCACUAGCUCUCAAGAAUCUCAAUAUAUGAAAAACGCAGUUUAUUUGAUUAAAGCUCGGGUGGAUAGGUCCUUUUAAUAAAGAAACAUCUGUUAUCGUCAGCCUCUCAGUGGCACGUUAAAAGCAAAGCUAAGAUGAAGUGUGCUACGAUGAAGUCAGCUGACAUAAAUCCUUUCUUAAUCUCCCCUUCCCUAACGCUUAGGGUCCUAGAGAGAGAGAACUCAGAAAUCACACUAAAGCUGUCUCUAGCCUGAAUCUUAUUCAAUUUGACAAAGCCUCCUGCCUAAAUAGUGAUAAGUAUAAACUGCCUAUGGUAUACAGUUAUGUCUCCAAUCACUAAAUCACAUCCCUUUUCUUAGAAAGGGGAGAGAUUUCUUAAGAUUCAUCUCUAUACCACCUGUUCCCCCCAACCUCAGACAGUGGGCAUUUCUGGAUGGAUGGCUACAGUUAUGGGUAGAGGCUGUAACUGUCAAAAUAGGAAAACCCCAAAAGCUCAGACCCAAGAAAGACCGUGGAGCUGACCAAACAGGAUUUAUCAUGGGCAUGAAUGAUGUGGAACAGAAAAACGUUUACAAGUACCCUGCGGUUGCACUGAUGUAUAAUCACUGCCAUUUAAGAGGGGGAGUAUGCUUUAAAAUAUAUUUUAAUGUGAUGUACUAAUAUGCAGUGGUUUAUUGUUUUUGUAGAAUUUACAGAAUGUGAAGUUUAAUCUCUUAAAAUCUUUCAGUGGUCUACUUUUCCAUUGCAUUUGUCAAUCUGUAUGA